AUGAGUUCAAGAAUAAUUCGUCCUGUAAGGAAAUGGAGUAUUUUAAGUAGAGUGUUGAGAACGAGAGAGAGCUCUCAGCUACAUAUUUAUAACGCAUUACAACCAUUUGGGGACCAUAUUGUAAAAUCAAGCAUAAUACCAGCUGAAAAACAACAAAUAUUUGGUUAUCUAGGAUUAGGAUUGGUUGCUAUAGGAAUAUGGUGGAACUAUUAUCCACAUAAUCCAUAUCCACCUAGUGUGAGCAAAUAUUUAAGAAAGGCUUCAUGGGAAGAAAUUAAAACGAAAGAUUACAGAAAGAGUAUUCUGUUUUAUACUGAUGCUUUAAAGGAAUGUAUUGACCUUGGAUAUGAUCCUGUGGAUGAAAAGGUUACUGGGAUUGAAAUUAAAAUUGGUGAAAUGUAUGAAAAACUUAAUAUGAAACAAGAGGAGACAGAUACAUACCUGAAAUUAUUAACAAAACUAUACGAGACAAUCAAUCAAUCCGGUGAUAAAACUAGGGAUAAUAAGUUAUUAAUAAAAAAAGACCUCAGUGUUUUGAUCAAACUGAUCAAGAACAUGGAAGCUAACGAUACAGUUAAAAAGAAUAUAUUACUAAAGCAUAUAAAUUUAGUGCAAGAAGAGAUCGAAAUAAGCUCCCCAGAAUUGGAUAAAAUCAUGAAGAAAGGGAAUGAAACAUUAUUCAUGAAUCCGAAAGAUAAAGGUUACGAUUCAAUCAUGACAAAUUUGCAUACAUUUUCAAAGAUCUUCGAACCGUUCAAAGAAGAAUUCAUUGUAUCCAGAGACUUAUAUACAGAUAUCUGCAAAAGUAGUAAUGAUAUUGACGGUGCUAUAUAUUCUAAAAUGAUAACUAUUGGAUGGAUGAUUGUUUCGGAUAUGGGUAAAGAAAAAAUAUUGAUGUCACAGGCCAACUUGGGUUCGUUAAUGUAUAUAAAGGCUGGAAAUAUCGAGAGCCUUAUAUAUCAACUCCAAAAGCAAGGCCACCAAGAGAAGAAUAGAAUUAAUAUUGAGAAUUUAUCAAAAAGAUAUAAUAAUGUUCUCAAUAUGUCUGAAAAAUACUACCAAUCUGUUUUAGAAAGAAGUAGUUAUAGUAAGAUUAGUUUCCCUGUUGGCGGAGAAGAAGAUACCAUUCUUUUACAGGCAAGAUUAUUAUCUAUGCAUGGAUUGGGUGUUAUAAAACUUCAUAAAGGAGAUAUACCUUCAGCCAACAGAAUAUUGAUGGAUACAAAAGCCUUAGCGUCCGAAUAUAAUUUUACUGAUUUCCAAAAUGCUUGCGAUCAUGAGCUGCAAACGAUCGCUAGACUUUCUGCAUAA